AACCGCCACCGUGUUAUGGGCGUGCGCAACCGCCUCCACGGCAAUAAUAUGUCAGGACAACACGAUAUCCCCCCUGAGGUCGGGGAGCAGCCCGAGCAGGAACCUCUGGAGGCCGCAGGGGCAGCUGCCGCCGGUGCUGGGCCUGGCCCAGCCGAAGAAAUGGAGACCGAACCGUCCGACAAUGAGCCCAUCGCCGACGAGGCUGGCCUUGAGGUCCCUGGACCCCCUGAGGUCUCCAGAUCUGACCUCCAGAGCCUCGGUCAGGCCUUCGAGGAAGUCCGAGUGGGUGGAGACUACAGCCCACCUCCGGAGGAAGCCAUGCCAUUCGACACCCAACAGCCCAGCCUCGGAGAUUUCUGGCCCACCCUGGGGCAGCCUAGAACAUCUGGGACCCCAUCGGGCCCCCAAGCCUUCAAUCCAGCGCUUUUGGAGCCCGGGACCCCCGGUGGUCCCAACCCGAGCCUGGGAGCCUACAGCCCCCCACCGGAAGAAGCUAUGCCAUUUGAGUUCAAUGAGCCUGCCCGGGGAGACUGGGCCCCGCCUCCCCUGCGCGGCCCGGACCUUGCUCCAGGAGGUCCAGAGGAAGGGGCCGCCGGAGGUUUUGCCGCGGAGCCCGGGAACCUCAGAUCUGAAAACGCUGGCCUCCGAGACGACUACAGCCCUCCACCUGAAGAAUCCGUGCCGUACGGGUUGGACGGAGAAGGAUCUGGGAGCGAUAGCCCACCCCCGGGGCUCCCGCGACUCAUCCCGCCAAUCCGCCCUGGCGGCGAGUUCCCGACAGCCGCGGUCCCGAGUGCGCUCUGCCUCGCUCCCGCCGAGAACGCGCCUCCCCUCUGGGUCCAAGGCGCCAUUGGCAGACCAUUCGGCGAGGCUGUCAGAGCUGCGCCCAACUUCGCCUGCGACAUCCCCCCGUUGGAGAUCUCCAGACCCCUGCUGGAGAUUGGCAGAGCCUCCAUUGGGGUCGGCGACGACACCGCUGUCAAUAUGGACGGCCCCCCAAUCGCAAGUGAUGGCCCGCCCAUCGAAGUCUCUGGAGCCCCAGAUAAGAGCGAGCGCGCAGAGAGACCCCCAGUUGAGCGAGAAGCAGCCGAGAUGGAAGGAAGCCUUGCCACCGCAGCUGCGGUGGAAGGAAAAGUCCCCUCUCCGGAGCCAGGGGACGGAGGCUCCGCGCAGCCAGGAGCCAUGGAUGCCGGGCCAGCCCCCGCUGCCCAAGCCGUCGCCACCGAGCCUGACGCCGGAGGAGCUCCUCCAGCCCCAGCGGCACCCGCGGAUCUCCCGACCGAACCUGAAGAAGUCGGAGCAGCCCUGGCCAUCCGAGCAGAGCCUGACGGAGGUGCAGCCCCGGCCGUCGCCCCAGCCGCCCCUGCCGAGCCCGAAGGCGCCGGAGAGCCAGCCGCCGCCGAGCCAGCCUCCGAGGCAGUCCCUGCCACCAAGGCCGAGCCUGCCUCCGGGGCAGCCCCCGUCACCCAGGUGGAGCCCGCGGCCGCGGCAGUCUCUGCCACCCCGGCGGAGCCUGCCGCCCGGGCAGCCCCCGGUGCCCCAGCGAUGCCAGCCUCCGCUAGGGCAGCUGCCGCUAGGGCAGCCUAUGCAGGUCCUCUGGUCUGGGGAGCCAGGUCACUCUCUGCUACUCCCGCCGCCCGGGCAUCCCUUCCUGCCCGCGCAGCUGCCGCCGCCCGCGCAGCCUCUGCCGCCCGGGCAGUCGCUGCCGGCCGGUCAGCCUCUGCUGCCCCAAGCCGAGCCCAUCUUAGACCCCCCAGCCCAGAGAUCCAGGUUGCUGAGCCGCCUACUCCGCGGCCUGCUCCGCGCCCGGCUGCCUGGCCUGACAAGUACGAACGUGGCCGAAGCUGCUGCAGGUACGAGGAGGCGUCGUCCGUCAUCUGCGAGAUCGACUCCUCUAGCGAUGAGUCGGAAGAAGGGGCCACCGGCUGCUUCCAGUGGCUUCUGCGGCGCAACCGCCGCCCCGGCCAGCCCCGGAGGAGCCACUCGGUCGGGUGCAACCCAGUCCGCAAGUUCUUCGCCAGAACCUUCGGAAGCUGCUUCGGUCUCUCCGAGACCCGCUCACGAUCCCUCAGCCCCCGGAGGGCCCAGGAGCUCAUGGAGGAGAGGCGCAAACAGAUGCGCAAAGAAGCCAUUGAGAUGCGAGAGCAGAAGCGCGCAGACAAGAAACGCAGCAAGCUCAUCGACAAGCAACUGGAGGAGGAGAAGAUGGACUACAUGUGUACACACCGCCUGCUGCUUCUAGGGAGAAAAGUGGUGCCGAGCGACACUGAGGGUCGUUACCGGCCGGAGGCCAGCGCCAGCGCCAGCGAUCGAAAAAGGAAGAUUGUUGGAAAGUCCUGCGGCAGGAAAGCCGGCAACAAUAGUGCUGGAGAGUCUGGCAAAAGCACCAUUGUGAAGCAGAUGAGGAUCCUGCAUGUUAAUGGGUUUAACGGAGAGGGCGGCGAAGAGGACCCGCAGGCUGCAAGGAGCAACAGCGAUGGUGAGAAGGCCACCAAGGUGCAGGACAUCAAAAACAACCUGAAGGAGGCCAUUGAAACCAUCGUGGCCGCCAUGAGCAACCUGGUGCCCCCUGUGGAGCUGGCCAACCCUGAGAACCAGUUCAGAGUGGACUACAUUCUGAGCGUGAUGAACGUGCCGAACUUUGAUUUCCCACCUGAGUUCUAUGAGCAUGCCAAGGCUCUGUGGGAGGAUGAGGGGGUUCGCGCCUGCUACGAGCGCUCCAAUGAGUACCAGCUGAUUGACUGUGCCCAGUACUUCCUGGACAAGAUUGAUGUGAUCAAGCAGGCCGACUAUGUGCCAAGCGACCAGGACCUGCUCCGCUGCCGCGUCCUGACCUCUGGAAUCUUUGAGACCAAGUUCCAGGUGGACAAAGUCAACUUCCACAUGUUCGAUGUGGGCGGCCAGCGCGACGAGCGCCGCAAGUGGAUCCAGUGCUUCAAUGACGUGACUGCCAUCAUCUUCGUGGUGGCCAGCAGCAGCUACAACAUGGUCAUUCGGGAGGACAACCAGACCAACCGCCUGCAGGAGGCUCUGAACCUCUUCAAGAGCAUCUGGAACAACAGAUGGCUGCGCACCAUCUCUGUGAUCCUCUUCCUCAACAAGCAAGACCUGCUUGCUGAGAAGGUCCUCGCUGGGAAAUCGAAGAUUGAGGACUACUUUCCAGAGUUCGCUCGCUACACUACUCCUGAGGAUGCGACUCCCGAGCCCGGAGAGGACCCACGCGUGACCCGGGCCAAGUACUUCAUCCGGGAUGAGUUUCUGAGAAUCAGCACCGCUAGUGGAGAUGGGCGCCACUACUGUUACCCUCACUUCACCUGCGCCGUGGACACUGAGAACAUCCGCCGUGUCUUCAACGACUGCCGCGACAUCAUCCAGCGCAUGCACCUCCGCCAAUACGAGCUGCUCUAAGAAGGGAACACCCAAAUUUAAUUCAGCCUUAAGCACAAUUAACUAAGAGUGAAACGUAAUUGUACAAGCAGUUGAUCACCCACCAUAGGGCAUGAUUAACAACGCAACCUUUCCUCUUCCCCGAGUGAUUCUGAAAAAAAACCCUUCUUCCCUUCAGCUUGCUUAGAUGUUCCAAAUUUAGUAAAGCUUAAGGCGGCCUACAGACGAAAAAGAAAAAGAAAAUAGGCCACAAAAGUUCCCUCUCUCUUUCAGUAAGUAAAAUAAAAGCAGCAACAAACAGAAAUAAAUGAAAUAAAUGAAAUAAAUGAAAAACAAAAUGAAAUGAAUAUUGUGUUGUGCAGCAUUAAAAAAUCAAAAUAAAAAUUAAAUGUGAGCAAA